AUGAAAAGAAUCAUUAUUGUUUUCGUGUUAUUUGUUUGUGUAUCGUGUGAUUCCCGUAAAAAUGAAGAAACCAGACUCAACGCAGAUAGAAAUAACCGUCCAGAAUCACGGUGUUUACAUGCUAAAAAUAAUGCUCUUAAGAAAAACAAUAAUUUCUUUCGGGAUGAAGGAAUUCAAAAUGUGACAGUAAUGAGAGACGAGCCUGCAGUUGUAGAUUCGAAUCCAGCUAAGAUACCAUCUCUAAUGGAUCCAUCAAAAUCUGUUGGACUGUUAAAUCCGAUAGACGUUGACCUGGCCGAUCGAUGUUUUCCCAAGCCCAGGUGUGAUCCCGAUGCACCAUUUAGAACCAUAGAUGGCGGUUGUAACAAUUUGAAUUUUCCUGUUUGGGGACAAGCGAAUACAGCGAAUACCCGAAUUAUCAAUGCAAAUUACUUGGAUGGUAAAUCUCAGCAAAGAAAAGCAAUUUCUGGUCGCGAAUUGCCAAAUUCCAGACACGUACGAACGACUUUAUUCUUAGACAUGGAGAAACCUGCACCAGAACAUAAUGUAUUGGUCACACAAUUCGGACAAAUGAUUGCACACGACACCGAAUUGGCCUUUCCUAAACUUUCAGUAAAUGGCGGUAAACUCGAGUGUUGUAACCCAGACGGUACGACUCCAAAAUUUCUGCCGAAAGGGUGCCUUCCGAUAACUAUCCCUCAAGACGACCCUGGCUCGAAAAAACGAUGCUUGUCCAUUCCACGAUCAGCUGAUACAUCGGACAUAGGUUGUCAGAUCCAACCAGUCAGACAACUUAUUGGUGUUAGCAGUUUUAUUGACUGCUCUGCGUUGUACGGUUCAGAUGCUGUUACAGCAAGAAGCUUACGUACACUUAUUAAUGGCAAGCUUAAAACACAGCUUGGACCUAAUGGAAAAUCAUACUUAUCAAAUGUCAAAAAACCAACACAAUCGUGUAACGUACCUACAGAUAACUCGGUGUGCUACGCUUCGGGUGAUCCAAGAGUUAACCAACAUCCCAAUAUGGCAGUCAACACAAUUUCUUUAAUGCGAUUACAUAACAUACUGUGUGACGAGUUUAAAAGAUUGAAUCCCAAGUGGAACGACGAAAAAAUAUACCAAGAAGCCAGGAGAUUGGUCAUCGCAAUGUAUCAGCAUGUCACAUACAAUGAAUUUUUGCCGGUGAUUUUGGGUAGAGAUUAUUGCAGAGCAAAUAAUUUAUUACCGUUAAGUAAUGGCUUUGACGAUAAUUAUGACGCAUUCUUGAACCCGACUACAUUUACUAGUUUUACCGCCGCUGCGUAUAGAGGUCUCCACAGUUAUAUACAAGGAUCCAUGGAUUUAGUUAGUGAAUCCAGACAAACCACAUCUACGUUACGUCUAAGCGAUAUUUUUUUGAGACCCGACAUUGCACAGAAUAAAGACAAUUAUGAUAGUCUCAUCAGAGGAAUGCUCACUCAACACUCGCAGGGUCAAGAUCAAUUUUUUACAAAAGAGAUCACUGAAUUCCUAUUCAGAAGCCCAAACAAAACGGACGGUUCUGACUUGAUCACCUUAGACAUGGAACGUGGCAGAGAUUUCGGUGAACCCCCUUAUAAUAAAUUCAGACAACUGUGUGGAUUGAGAGCGGCUAGAACGUUUGGAGACUUUACCGAUCAAAUAAGCAAAAAAAACGUAGAUGCCUUAGCUAGCAUCUAUGAACACGUGGACGAUGUUGACUAUUACGCAGCUGGAAUUUUGGAAAAACAAAAACCUGGAUCCAUAUUUGGCCACACAUUCCAAUGCGUUAUCGGUGAAAUGUUUUUCAGAUGGAAAUUUGGCGACAGAUUUUAUUACGAAUUUGGAAAACAACCGGGUUCUUUUAGCUUAGACCAACUUAAAGAAAUACGAAAAACGACAUUGGCUUUCAUAAUGUGUGUGACGUCAGACAUUCGUCUCAUACAACGGAAUGCAUUUGAUGUGCCCAGUGGUCGAAACCCAUUGGUAUCUUGCAACUCAAUAACAAAACUCAAUUUGGCUCCUUGGAUAGAUAGUUAA